AUGGCUUCCACUCUUCCAAAUUACAUCUCUAAUGACUUUGUGACUUGUUCGCUCUGUUUCUCUGCGUACAAGGACCCCAGGACUCUGCCGUGCUUGCACUCCUUCUGUCAUUCCUGUUUACAGGACUACCUUAGCAAGAACACGAACAGCUCGGUUUUCGCGUGUCCAGUCUGUAAAACAAGGACCAUGUCAGCAUCCGAGGGUGCCACCAGGUUUAAAGCCAACCACUUCCUGUCCAGCCUGAAGGAUACAUUCCCCGAUGUAAAGGAUCUCACACCGUGGUGUGAGUUCUGUGCAGGUGAGGGUAGAGAUAAAUCGGGGACAUCUCGGUGCCUGGACUGUCGCCAGUCUCUCUGUGACACUUGUGCCGCAGUGCACUGUCGCACCAAGCUUACCCAGAGCCACCUGGUACUCACCAUGUACCAGCUUCAGAGCGGCAAGUACGAUAGAGACAUUCGGAUACGUCAGCCAAUCACCUGUGAGGUACACCCAGGGAAGAAGGUGAAGCUGUACUGUACGAAGUGUGAGCAGCUACUCUGUCUGACAUGUAAGGCCACUGACCACGAUGGGCACAAGUGUGUUGACCUGUUUGACAUUGGCUCGCAUGACCGUGAGUUUCUCCGAACACUUAUGGAGCCCGUCAAAAACAAAGUGCCAAUGUUUGAGAGGCAGCUAAGGGAAGUGGAAAGUAGCGAGACUGAUGUGAUGGUGAACAGAGAGCACCUGAUGGAGGAGCUGCACGCCCGCCGCGACUUCCUCUGUAAGAUGAUUGAGGAUCGCUGUAACACGCUUAAGGCCCAGAUAGACGGAGUGUUUGUCAGCCAUCAGAAACAGCUGGAGGGAUACAAAGAGUCGCUGAGGCUAGACAUCCAGUCCAUGAAGACAGCUGCAGACUUCACAGACAAGCUGGUAACCCACGGCCGUGACGCAGAAAUCGUCAGUAUGAAGAGCCUGGUACACGACAGGCUGGUCUGGCUCAAAUCACUGGAAACCUCGGCUGCACAAUUCCAGGAUGGCUUCAAGUUCCAGAUGGGCUCCAUUUCCAAGGAGGAGCUACAAAAAGUGUUUGGGAACUUGGUUAGAGGAGCCUUUCCACAGCCUCGAUCGGUGACUCCUCUACCAACAAUCUCUCCUAAGCCAGUGGCAGACAGAACGCCACGCUACGAACAACCCAGAGAUAGAGGCAUCUCACCAGUACGAGAGCCUGCUGAAAAGCCAGUAGAGUAUGUUUAUGCUGAGACAAAGCCAAGAGAUACGGUGCCUAUUCUAAAGUCUUCACAUACUUACCCAGAAGAUAGUAUACCUGUCCACCCCCACCCCUUCUACACCCGCCCAAUCAAGGUGAGGAGGGACACCCGCAGAACACCCCCUAAUGUGAAGAAGGCCCCGAUUGCCAGAGAGCAUGUGCAGUCGGCAGAGACGCGUCUGCCGCCUGUCCAUCAACAGCCGACUCGCGUUGCUAACGCCCACCUGUCAAAAGCCCAAAUGAUCAGGUCACUUCCAGUGAGGACUAGUCAGGACAGUAAGAAGAGCUGGCCCACAGACAUAGCUGUCAACAGUAUUGGGGAGCUCCUGGUCGUGGACAGCAACAACAAGAAAGUCAAAGUGUUCAGUAAAGAGACGUUCCUCAGGGCAGAGAUAGGUCGCACAGGUAGACAGAAGCUGAUAGACCCCUGGUCGGUAGCCGUUCUCAGCAACGACAACAUCGUGGUCACAGACAGAGGAAGCCACAACGUCAAAUUCUACAACCACAAGGGCAAGUUUCUGUACUCUUUUCAGGGCGGCUUAGCAGAUCCGCACGGAGUUGCCGUCAACAGUAAGGAUGAAAUCAUUGUGGCGGACUGGGAGAAACGGUUAGUGUAUGUGUUUGAUCCUAAUGGCAACCUGCUGAACUCCAUAUCAGGGGUGGACGGAUCUCCGUUAUUCCACAGCCCUUACUACGUGAGUGUGACGCCAAGUGAUGACAUAAUCGUCUCAGACUACAUGGGUCACUGUAUUAAGAUCUUUGACCCCGAGGGAAGAGCCCUGUAUCAGUAUGGCACACGUGGUGCAGCUGAAGAACAACUCAAGUACCCUAACGGUGUCUGUGCUGACACAUACGGGAACCUGAUUUUGGUAGACAGGGGAAAUAACCGCAUUCACAUGAUAUCUAUGGAGGGUCAGUUCCGCUGUUUCUUGGCCACAGUACAAGAUGGAGUUCGGGAUCCAACAGCUGUCUGUGUGGAUAGGGACGGUCAUUUAGCUGUCACUGACGGCACAGGCAUGAUCAAAAUGUAUAGAUACUUCCCACUCCAGUGAACAAUGACCCACACAAAACCAAUCAAUGUGUGACAUUUCAAAUAACUUAUUAGCAUAAUUUAUUUAAUAUCAGUUAAGAGAAAUGACAUAAAUCCAUUUGUAUGCUACUGAUUUAUAUAUUUAUUUGAUUGCUGUUUAAGUUUUAUGCCAUAUUCAGGGUGUUCAAAAAAAGCAUGUAGCAGGCUGCAGCUGUUUACUGCCAUAACCACAGCCGCCUACACUGAAUAUUGUAACUAUUUAAAUCAUUCGUAAUUGUGACAUAAUUACUUUCAAUUCAGCCGCCUACUUUUGAACCUCCUUCUGCAAUUCUAAAUUAAAACCCUGCAUAUUCAAGAAUUUUAUGUGCUUAUCACCACUGGAAUUUAUUUUGUCAUCAUAUGUAAAUAACAUGAUAUCUUAUAGAUUGUUAUCAGAGACAUCCCUUGACAUGUUUAUUUUGUUCUUGGAAUCUAAACAUAUCAAAUGUCUGGUUACAAGGCAACAUGUGACAGUACGACAUUGUAAAAGGACUACGCUUAUUAUUUUUACUGUUAAGUUUAUUGUAGAAAUUUCUCAUUUAGGUUUAACACUGAUUACUAAAAUGUGAAAGAAUGGAAAAGCCCCACACCUUUGCAAUGCCUUUCAUCUUGUUUGAGCACACAUUUAGAGCAAAAUAUUAGUUAAGAAGAAAUGAAUUCCACUCAAGUUUGCGAGCAUUUGUCCAUUCUCCCAUUUUUAUUAAAAUAAAACAUAAUUACACGUAACAUUGCUUUGGCAUUGAUACUGUAUGUACAUGUAUACAUGCAAUCCAGGGUACCUACAAUGUACAGGUAUAUGAAAAUGAAAUCUUCAAGUAGUUUUCCACGAGUUUUCUGUCAUUUUUAAGGCUAGUUUAAACAUACCAUGGUGCAAAUUAUACACUAUAUUUUAGGUCUGAAUUACAGAUGUUUUAAUUUACAUGCAUGUAUAUUGAAUAGUACGCUUGCUUUUGCAGGAAAUAUCUGCCCUUCACCUCUGUAAUGUGACACAUUCCUUGACCCGGCCUUGGCUCAGUAAAAAAAUUAUUGCCAUAUAUCAUUAUACAGGGCUUCCUCUGGUUCAGUAGUUUUAGUAUUUUUUUCAGCCAGUCACUUUAGCCACUCAUCAGAUUUUGUAGUAAAUACUAUUUUUCUUUAGCCAUACUUCCUUAGCAGAUAGGACACUUGUAGGUCUCCUUCUGCAAUUCGUUUUAUCUGCCUUGGUGUAGCUACUAGAAUCAGUUUGGUCUCUUUCAACUAUAUCUGGAGUUUAUCAAAUGUUACAUUUAGAACAGUUGCCCUCAAAAUAAUGGAACAAUGCUUGGCAGCUUCCUUUUGUUUUUUGAAAAAAAAAAUCAAUCCUUUUUUCAACUUUUUUGUAGAAUCCUAGUAAAAUGUAAUUUCCUCUAUCAGAAAAAUUUGUUACGAAAUUAAAUGGUAAAUUCAGUUUAUUUAAAUGCAACAUUAUGAUCGGUACAUUGAAGUAAAACAGUGUGGCAGAAGAAAACCAGAUGACGUACACACUUAUGUAACGGCACAUAUUCUGAAACAUUUAAUUUACUUUGGAUCCAAAAAAAAUGUUUAUUAAGUGGAAAAGUUUAAAUUUUACAUGGAAGGUAACUUCAUUUACAUGUGUAACUCUACCUUGAUUUAUUUCCCUUGAUAAUUUUUUAUUUUUAUUUUUACAAUUGGCGAUGAAAGGUAUCCCCCAAAAUGCCAUGGCUCUCAUUCGUUAUUUAACAAUAAUGAUUUCAAGCGUUAUUUAAUGUAAGUCAACUUGCAGCAAUGCUGAACCCCCUUUGUAGAUUUCUGACAAGUAAUCGCCAUACAACUGUGUUGUUUCGCUGAGAUGAGGCCGUUUGAAAUGAAACUAAGUAGUUUAUUUUAAUUAGAAAAAUUGUGAAAAUCUGCUAAACACCCCAGGAAACUCUCAUGGUAGAUUUUGUAUAACGUUUGUAUUUUUUCUUAAGUAAAUAAAUUUGUCGAGAAACACAUUUGCAUUUUUUCAUUUUUUUUUUGCAUUUUAUCGCCAUUUCAAAAAAUUGUUCUAAAUUUGCGACAAUGGUGAGUGCGAGCAGAGGCCCUAAUUAUGGGAGAAUUAUGAGCAACCCCCUGAUAUACAGACUCGGCGGUCAGCAGACAAUAUUUAAUUUUGGGACAAACUAAGAUAUUCAAAGAGUUUCCACGAGUAUUUGUCUUUUUUAAGGACUUUCAAGUACUUGAAAAUGAAAUUGUAUUUUUCAAGCGCUUUCAAGGAGUUUCAAGGACUGUGCGCACCCUGCAAUCACUUGUUUAAAGGUGGAGAAAACAUAAAAAUGACAUAAAGUUCAGAUGAAAGAGUGCAAAAAGUUAUUCCUAAAUGUGGUCUUCGAUAUUUUUUCCAAUUUUUCCUUAAGGAGAAAAAGACACUCGAAAAUAAUUUUUCUAUGGUGGGUAAUACCAAAAGGACCACCUUUUGGUAUUUAUAGCCUUUGUUUAAUAAUGUCAUAAAUGAGGAUGUAAAAAAGGUUUAAUAAAUAUUUAUGCACUAGAAUCUGUUCUUUUCAGC